AUGGCCUCAUCCAAGGCUGCCUUGAAGGCGAUCAAGGCUUCCUUGGACGCCAGUCAAUUCGCCAAAGCGGCGGAACAAGCUGAAGAUUUACUCAAACAAGACGACAAGAAUUACACCGCCUGCCUCUUUCUUGGAUUCGCACGAGAGAAGCUUGGAGAUGUGGGCGCUGCAGAGAAAGCUCUGCACAGGGCUGCCACCAUCAAGCCCGACGAUGUCCAAGCUUACAAGGGGCUCGUGAAUCUGUACGAAAAACAGGGGAAAGCCAAAUUGGACCAGUAUCACGAUGUCGCAUUCAGGCUGGCAGAGAUAUACGCUAAGCAGGACGACAAAGGCCAAUGUCAGAACGUUAUUGACAAGUAUGAGCUGUUUGCGAAGAAGCAUGGCAGCCCAUCACAGUACCGUCAGGCUCUCGAGCUCAUUCUACCGACCUCGAGCCUUUACGCUACACUUGAAGGCCGUGUGUUACAACCGAGUCUGGCGUACCAACGCAUUCUGGAGUCGGCUGAGGCCGAAGAGAAGGAGUGGAUCAACACCCAGAUCGGCGAAAGGAGAACCCGUCUCGGAGCAAAAAUCGACCAGGUGACUCGACAGGUGAAGUUCGAGGCCAUCAGCAGAUUCCAGAUCGAGGAAAAGUACGCUGCUCUCAUCGACUGGACCCGGGAUGAUGAUGCUCGUCACGAUAUCGAACAGAAACUGUUCCAGCGUAUGUUUGACAAUCUGCUUGUCCUGCCGCAGGAAUCUAAGCCGGACCAACGGGACAAGGUUUUGAACAUGGCAAAUGGCAUGGUCAUCAUCAAACACCCCUUUCUCUUGGCCUGGAAAGUCGCCCUAGAGUGGGUGGAUGCCGAAGAGCUGCAAGACUGGGACGUCAAUAUCUUUCGCGAGUACAUCGACUACUUUCCAGACGACGGCCUGAGCAAGGUCCUCCGUGGCUUUCUCGACAGCGACGCCUCGCCCUUUCCGCACCUCCCAAUCGAAGAGAAAGAGGGAGAAGAAACGCCGCAGAGGCUGAGUGAAGCAGACCAACUCAUUCUGAUGAAUGAGGGCCUGGAACAGUGUCCAGAAUCGUUGCUCGGCCAUCGCAUCAUGGCAUAUGUCUAUCUCGGUCUGAAAGAGUGGGAGAGCAGCGUCGACAUCGCCCGGAAAGCCCAGAAACUACACCUCGACGCUCAACGGCGCUAUUCCAUAGACCUUCAAAACAGCCUGGACGGCGUCAAUCUCAUUCUCGCAAACGCGUUGAUCACAUUCCAAUCGCCGCGGCACCACCCCGAAGCCAAAUCACUCUUCCAAGACAUCCUCCGUCGAAAACCCAAGCUCACUGCGGCCUUGCUGGGUGUCGGGCUGAUCUACGAAGACGACGAGGAUUACGCGGAGGCAGUCAAGUUCUUCCACCAAGCAGCCGAACGCGAUCCCGAUAACGCCAGGAUCAGGAUCGAGCUCGCGUGGUGUCGUGCGCACAAUGGACAACUUCGCGAAGGCCUACAAGAGCUCCAGGAGGUGCUCUCGACUAUCGAAUCAGAAAGGCAGCAGAACUUGGCCAUGAAAUCAGUCGUUCUCUACCGAAUCGCGUACUGCAGCUGGCACAUCAAUACUGCUGCGGCCGCCCGCAAAGACAAGUCUGGACCCUAUCAGUUUCUCAUCGCAUCCAUCAAGGCGGACCCGAGUUACGCCCCCGCGUACACUCUCUUGGGAAUCUACUUUCAAGACUACGGCAAAAGCAAAGCGCGAGCGCGGGUUGCAUUGCAAAAGGCGUUUGAGCUCUCGACCUCAGAACUCGAAGCCGCCCACCGGCUCGCAAAGACCUUUGCGGACAACGCAGAAUGGGACCUCGUUGAACUGGUCGCCCAACGCGUUGUUGCGUCGGGAAAAGCCAGGCCGGCUCCAGGUUCGAAGAAGAAAGCCCACAGUUGGCCAUACACGGCACUGGGCGUGGUGCAGAUGAACAAACAGCAUUACACGCAAGCGAUUGUUUCCUUCCAGCAGGCACUGCGGAUCACACCGGACGAUUACCACUCGUGGGUCGGACUCGGCGAGAGCUAUCACAAUGCUGGGCGCCAUGUCGCUGCCACCCGGGCUUUUACCAAAGCUGCGAGUCUCGAUCACGGUCUUUCGUCCGAAGAGACCUGGUUCGCCAAGUACAUGCUGGCAAAUGUUCAACGAGAGAUGGGUUCCUUUGACGAGGCCAUUGCUGCGUACAGAGAGAUCCUUGUGCUGAAACCGACAGAGUUUGGAGUGCUUAUCGCGUUGCUCCAGACGAUUUCCGAGAAUGCAUGGGCAAAGGUUGCGCUGGGCAUGUUUGGCGAGGCGGCAAAGCUUGCCUCCUCCGCGAUCGAGUUGGCGAGCCGCAUCGCCGAGCAGGGCACGGACGUGUUCAAUUUGUGGAAAUCUGUUGGCGAUGCUUGCUCGGUUCUGGGGCACGUCAAACUAUAUGCGAGUUCGGCAGAUGUUCAGGCGGCGUCCGAUUUGCUCCAGAUCUCUCUCCAAGACGAAUUUAACACGCUCGCCGAAAUUGACAAGGUCGAUCUCGGAUUCCUUACUGUUGCCGGCGACGCUUCAACUCCUACAGACAACGCGGACAAACAUCUCGUGGCCGCGAUUCUAGCUCAGAAACGUGCUAUUCACGCUUCUUCAUCCGAUCACCUUGCCCAAGCAGUCUCCUGGUAUAACCUAGGCUGGGCAGAACAUCAAGCGUACAUUUCCGGCAGCACGUCCCUCAGAUUACAGGGCAAGAAACCUCGCAGAUUGCUCAAAGCGUCAAUGACAUGCUUCAAACGAGCCAUCGAGCUGGAAGCGGGCAACUCGGACUUCUGGAACGCACUGGGCGUGGCGACUAUGACGCUCAGCCCUAGAGUGUCGCAGCAUUCGUUCGUGAGGAGUCUUCAUCUGAACGAGAACAAUGCUUGGACGUGGACGAAUCUCGGGGUGUUGUAUCUCCUGAAUAACGAUAUUGAGCUCGCCGGUGAAGCUUUCACGCGUGCACAGUCGGAGGAUCCAGAAUAUUCCGAGGCCUGGAUCGGCCAGGGAUUUCUGGCGAUGUUGUACGGAAGCCUCAAUGAAGCGAGAGGCUUGUUUAUGCAUGCCUUCGAGAUUGCGGACGCCCAUGUGCUCCCUGCCAAACGUCACUUUGCGCUCUCCGCAUUUGACCAUUUGCUCAAGGAUCCCUCUCGGUCUUCAGAAGUCACGGCUUUGUUGAGGCCGCUCUUCGCCUUGCGCCAGUUUCAUGCCCUGGAGCCUGGUGACAUGAUCGCGAGUCAUCUCAUGGCCCUAUUUGCUGAACGCGCAGGCGAGUACUCUACGAGCGUAGAGGUCUUGCAGCAAGUUUGUGACGCUGCGGAAGCCGAGUAUGAAAAGUCCGAGUCGGACGAAUACCUCGUCAAAUUUGCUCUGGCGAAAGCCGACCUGGCUCGUACCCAGCUUGCGUGUGGCGAGUACGAAGAAGCAGUCUCAAAUGCGGAGACCGCGCUCGAUCUUUCUGGUGAACCCGGCGAUCUCGGCGCAGCAUAUGCGGAAGCUCGCCGAAAAUGGCGAUUUUCAGGGCACCUGACGGCAGGUCUUGCGCACAGUCAUCUGAAGCGGAUAGAAAGCUCGAUCAAAAUGUUUGAAGUGGCGCUGCAGGAAUCUGACCAGGACCCAGAUGUGGUCUGCAUGCUGGCCCAAGUCCUAUGGGCAAAAGGCGGCUCCAAGGAGAAAGAAGCAGCGAGAUCGCAGCUGUUCGAUGUGAUUGAGAACCAUCCGGGACAUGUUCAGGCGGUCACUUUGCUCGCAGUGAUCGGCCUCUUAGACAACGACGAAGACGUGCUGGAAGCUGUAGAGGAGGAUUUGAAAGCCUUGAGGCGUGGGGACGAGAUCUCAGUGCUGGACAAGAUUCACGUCAGCAAAGUCCUCGCAGGCAUCGUUGGGUGUCGGCCUCGAAAAACCUCCACUGAACAAGUGGAUGGAGUUGCGGUGGUAGCAGAUGCGCUUAGCGGGAUCAUGCUUGCACCCGGGCAACCACAGGGCUGGCUUGAACUCGCGCAAGCCGUGGACGACGAGGAUGACCGAGCUCACGCUGCAGAGAUGGCGGUGCUCAACGCCGAGAGACAAAUCCCGCCGGGUGGCAAUCUCACUGCAGAGGAUUUGGCAAAGGCGUACGAAGGGACUGGUAGGGCGGAGGAUUUUCUUAGGGCGAAGAUGCUUGCGCCGUGGAGGCCGGAGGUUGCUGCUGGAGCAUUUUGA